GCGUUCAUCUAGAACUACGAACUUAGCCAUGGUCAAAUUUUUAAAAUCUGAUCCUCGUUUUAUUUUUUUUUUUAACUUUUUUAUUCACUCCAGCAUUUUCCAUUAUUCUUUGUUUAUUUCUUAGAAAACUUUGUUAGCUUAUAAUGUGAGAGCUGUAACAAGUGCAAGUGCAUGUCUAUCACUUUCUGAACUAAAAAUCUCUCAAUCUUGGUGUUUUCCUGGUGUGUUUCUUGCUUUACCAUAACUUUCCUACUUUCGGUUUGGUGUCUUUGCACUGCUUAAGUACUGUACUCGACUUUCUUGUUUUUACUCUUCUGGGUAUUGUUUUGAUGCUUACAUUUUCUGGAAACCUGUAUCUUUUUUAGGGGUUUUAAUGGAAGCUAAAGACAUGGCAGAGAAAAUAAGCAUUUCAGGAGGAGAAGUGGUGAUCAAUGUUUCCGGUGAAGAAAAUCCGAAAGGGCCAAAAGGGUCUUCUCAAAAAGAAGCAGAGUCAUUGGUCCCUAAGGAAAAUGCUCAAGGUUCAACCAACAAAGCAUCAACUGAAUCUGGUGCUGUUACUGCUGGUUUGGCUAAACCAGUGCCAGUGCGCUGCCCGUCUUCGGGGACCACAAAAUUUGGUCCAACUGCAAAUAAGCCAUCCAAAGUCCCAAGAACAGGUAGUGAGCCCCUUACUCGAAGAACGUCAUUUGCGAAACCCAAGUCAAGAUUUGGAGAACAAUCUUAUCUUCUUGAAUCUGAUCAGAUGGAGGAGAAAACUUUUGCUAAUCAGGAACAAGUUGGUGGUAAUUCACCUUAUAGACACUCCUUCAAUAAGGCCUCGCCUAAUAACAAGUCGGCGAGAAGUAUCGUGACGGAUUCUGCUGUGUCAAAAACGUUAUCAAUGACCUCUACAGGCCCAACUGGAGAAAAUGAAUACGAGGAGAUAAUUAAGAAAGUAAAACUGCAUAAAGAAAAGCUUAGGGGAGUGAAACCUAAGGUUGUGAUUGAGUGGGUCGUAUUUUUGUUCCUCUUGGGGUGCUUAAUAGCAAGCUUAACUGCAGAUAAACUACAGAACACGCAAUUUUGGGGUUUGCAAAUUUGGAAAUGGUGUGUACUUGUGAUGGUUAUAUUCUGUGGUAUGUUGGUUACUCGUUGGUUUAUGCGUCUGGUUGUUUUCUUGAUUGAGAUUAACUUUCUGCUACAGAAGAAAGUGCUAUAUUUUGUUCAUGGUUUGAAGAAGAGUGUUCAGGUGUUUAUUUGGCUAAGUUUAGUUCUUGUUACUUGGGUUCUUUUGUUUCUUGGUGUUGAGAGAUCAAAGACUGCCACAAAAAUUCUCGAUUAUGUAACCUGGACACUAGCAAGCAUUCUCAUUGGAGCAUUUUUGUGGUUGUUGAAGACUUUGUUGUUAAAGAUAUUGGCUUCCAAUUUCCAUAUGGACAAAUUCUUUGACAGAAUACAAGAAUCAGUCUUCUAUCACUACGUACUUCGAACUCUUUCUGGACCUCCAUUCGUGGAGAUUGAUGGGAUUCGUAAAUCACGAGCUCAUUUGACUGUUAGCAACGCAAAAAAGGGUAAAGGAGCAAAAACCAAAAAAUUGAUUGACAUGGAAAAGGUCCAUAAAUUAAAGCGAGAAAAAGUUUCAUCUUGGCACAUGAAGGUAUUGGUAGAUGCUAUAGUGAAUUCAGGGCUUUCCACAAUCUCCUACACGUUAGAUGAAAGUGCUUAUGAUGAAGCUGGUGAACAAGCAGAUAAAGAAAUUACUAAUGAGGAGGAAGCACAGUAUGUUGCUCAUCAAAUUUUCUCAAACGUUGCCCGACAUGACAGUAAUCACAAUCGCCAUUGCAUUGAUGAGGAUGACCUCUUAAGGUUCAUGAUUAAGGAGGAGGUGGAUCUUGUGUUUCCAUUGUUUGAAGGAUCAAGCACUGGAAAAAUUGACAGAAAAAGUUUCACAAACUGGGUGAUAAAGGUUUACAAGGAUCGAAAAACACUAUCACAUGCUUUGAAUGACACCAAAACAGCUGUAAAGCAAUUAAAUAAGAUAGUGGCAGUGAUCCUGAUUAUUGUUUCUGUUAUCAUAUGGCUUCUUUUGGUGGAAAUUGCAACCACAAAAGUGCUAUUGCUACUUUCAUCGCAGCUUGUUGUGGCGGCUUUUAUGUUUGGAAACACCUGCAAGACUAUAUUUGAAGCUAUCAUAUUUGUAUUUGUGAUGCAUCCAUUUGAUGUUGGUGAUCAUUGCGUGGUUGAUGGUGUUCAGUUGUUGGUCGAGGAGAUGAAUAUUUUAACGACUGUUUUCCUGAAGCUUAACAAUGAAAAGGUGUACUACCCAAAUUCAGUUUUGGCUACCAAGCCCAUCAGCAACUAUUACAGAAGCCCAGAUAUGAGUGAUGCUAUAGAGUUCUCCAUUGAUUUUAUGACACCGGCGAACACAAUAGGCAGGCUGAAAGAAGAAAUAAAGAAGCAUUUGGAGGCCAAUACCCUGUGGUAUCCUAACCACCUUGUGGUGGUUAAGGAGAUUGAGAAUGUCAAUAAGUUAAAGAUGGCUCUCUAUUGUAAUCAUACAAUGAACUUCCAGGACUUUAGAGAGAAGAACAGGCGUAGAACUGAACUGGUCCUUGAAUUGAAGAGGAUUUUUGAGGAGCUGGGUCUAAGGUACAAUCUCCUUCCCCAGCAUGUGAAUCUCAACCAAGUCAAUCAAGACAGGCCAGAUGCAACAUAUGCGACCACCUAAUCAUUAUUGCUUAUUGCUCAAGAGUGUUUUAUAUGAUAGGGAUGGCAACACGCAGGUACGGUUAUGGUAGUAUGGCAAAGAAUGGUAAUGAAGCCCUUUUAGUUGCCGUAAUCUAAAUUGUAUGAAGGAAAAUGGUUACCGCACAAGGCAAGUUCCAGGUGGUAAAUGUAAGUAUUUAUUUAUUUAGUCCGGUCAGAUUUUGGGAUGUAAGCUUAUAAUUGUAUAUAUGGAAUUGAAGACUCAAGACCAAUGCUAUGUAUCAUUAUAAUUUGGUUCGAGUUUUGUAUUCCUUAUCAAGUUUUAAGCAAGACGAAUGCUUUGACUUUUGCCAUGUUUCAAAGUCUCUGAUCCAAUAUUCAUAUGCUUAUCGGGAAGAGUUCAGUCUCUGAAGCUAGUUUUCUCUAUGAAUUAUGAAGU